AUGGCGUUCUUGCACGGGGUGUUGGAGAGUGUUAAGGAGGAUGAAAAUGUUACAACUUAUGAUAAAAAUAAUGAUAUCAAGAAUCUUCCUACUAAAAUCGGUGAGUUUAUGCAUAAUGGUUCUAAUGAUUUUCAGGAUGCCAUCACACAAGUGUCCGAGGCGCUGCGGGCGUGGAGCGGUGAGCUCGAAGAGCGAACCACGAAACUAACUGGCACUUUAGAAUCACUUAGCACAAACAUAGAUUCUAAUAUUAGUAGUGUUGGUGAAUUGCAUGAUUUUGAUGUGGCGGCGAAGCAGUGGAGGACUGCGGUGGUGGGUGCCCUUGAGGGUACGUUGAGAGACGCCAGAUUGGCGAUUGAGAAACUUGAUAAUCCGUUGCAGGCAAAACUGAAGACAGAUUUCGAGAACAUUAAGGUACGGAUUCAUGAUUUUGCAGAUAAUGCGAAACGGGACCAGGAGGAGCUGGUGAAGUUGAAGAGUACUGUGGAGACCGAGCUCGGAAAGCUGAGAGAUGAGAUCAUUAAGGAGGCUAGAGAGAAAUGUCAACACUGUAUUGCUCUGUUAACGACAGCGUUUAGGAGUAAUAUUCAGGAUCCAAUAAUGCAGGUUAUAAGGGGAUUCUAUACGGUGAGGGAUGAUUUGGAAAAGUGGAGCAAGAAGGCCAAGGAAGUUGUAGAGAGGGCGUUACAGAGAUGUACGGAGAUUAUUGAAAAGCUGAAUGGUAGUGGUGCAGGGAGCAAAGGAGAGAGAAAGACCGUUGAGGAUGCGGUGACGGCGCUGCAUGAUAACGCCGAUAAACUUAUGACGGCCGUAGAGUUUGCUAAGGUGAAAUUAGGAUUAGAGGCCGAAGCGACGCAAACGGCCUUAAAAACUCUGGACACGGCAAUUAAAAUGGAUUUGAAUUGUGUGAAGAAUGCCAUUAAUUUGGGGAUUAAGGAGUACGUUGAGAAGCUGGGUAAGGCUUUCAGUGAAGGUGCUGGGGCCGCAACCAUGAGUCCGUUGGAUACGAGUCGUAAGCCCGGUGUUGAAGCCUUCAAGAGUAUGCUAAAAAAUGGUGCACUGUACACAGUGCUGGAUACAAGCAAAGCUGCGAGUGCCCCAAGCCCAGCAUAUGGUCUAGAGUGGGCUCUUCAUGGGAUGAGUACCCACUUAAAUCACUAUCUCAGGAACGGUUCCGAUGUUGUCAGCAAAAUCGUAGAUGAUUUUAUGAAGCCUGUUGACGGCCAGUUGCCUAAAAUUGAUAAUAGCCAGCUAGUGAACAUUGACAACGUCCCGACGUUUUCCCAUUACCAUGGUGGUAAAGGCGAUGGAGGCAAGAAAAGAGCCUUACAUGAUGCCAUCGACCAAAUAAAAAUUGAGGUAAAUAAGAGACUUGAGUCACCUGAAGUUAAAAAUAUAACAAACGAUAAACUUGACGAAGCCCUAAAACUUGUCAACGAAAAUCUCACCAAAUUCACCAAAGCCGUUAAAGAUGUGAUUGACGAUAGAGGUUGGGCACGGGGGUCGUCUUCCCCUGCUCCCGAUAGAGGUGUGAAAAAUCUGUUGCAGGAUUUGCAGAAAAUGGUUGAUGAUUCAGGAAGUGGAAAUACGUACGGCAUAGCAAAACGCCUCGAUGAAAUCAAGACAGCUAUUGGUAUAAUCCUAAACAAGAAGGAUGCUCCAGACCCAAAGAACACUCUGGAAGAAAUAUUCAGGCAAGCGGACAAAUUCCACGACUCAACAAUCCCCGGUGCAGUUAAUGGAUGCGUCUCCGGAAUUAUAUCAUCCCUCCAGAAGAAAGUUGCAGAAAAGAUUGGUAACAUAAAAUAUGAGGCCUUUAAGAGGUACGUUGCAAGUGCGCAGCAACAGUUGAGGGAGGUGCGAAAGGAUAUUGAUGACAGAAGCAGUACGAUCAAGAAUACUAUAGAAGACGACAAAAAGAAAGGAUUGAAAGGCUUGCUCAAAACAAUAUAUGGCAAUACUGGCGCAAAUGUGAAUGCACUUAAUAACCCCCCAAAUUUGGCUGCCUUGGCUCCCAAGUUGGAAGUUUUCUUCAUGCGGUUGAUAGAGUACGCUAAGGACCAGUUGAAAACCCAACAUGAAUUCCCGAAUAGGAUAAAAUCGCUAACCCUAGUUGUACAAAAUCUAUUCAUGGGCUUAUGCGACUCCCAACAUUUCGAUCACAAAUCUAGUAUGAAUAUCAACAGUAUAAACAACGUUCUCAAUGGUUUUUCACCCAUUUCAUUUGAAGGGCCUUCUAACUCAAAGCUCCUUGACGUCAUUAAGAGGGGCCUACAUGCGUUAGCGAAUGAGUUACAGAAAGCCUAUAUAAACGUCUACGAGGGAGCAGUCAAAAUCGACAGGUGGACAGAAACUCUGCCUGCUGACCAAGAUGCCGCCCAAAUUACAAAAUUAACCCCCGACGGCAAAAACGGCGCUAAAAUAUUCCUCACCAUUGCCACAAUCCUGAAUCAUGAGAUAUCUUAUCUACACGAGAAAUGCCGAGACAAGUGGCGUAAGUAUGAAAUCAUCGAAACCACUGAGCUUGGCAGGUACCUCCACCAAUGCGGAUACAGGGUGUCCAGCACCAUAAGUAAGCAGAAUGGCGAAUUAUAUAGCAAUGUGACUGGUGAAAAUAUCAAGCAGUUCCUGAAAUCUCUCACGAAAACUUCCACUCUUAAUCAGCUGGAAGCCCACCUCCAGAGUUAUUACCAAGUCGGUCACCUCUCCACUUUCACCUCCACCAAGCGUCCGAUCACCGUCAACCAGAUGCUCCAGUGGCUCUGCGGUCUCUCUUACAAUGGCGUAUACGAUCUGCUUCAACAGCAUUGCAAAGUGUUGUACGAUAAGGAAGAUUACUCUGAAAUGAAAUCCAUAUUGAGAGAUGCCGUCAUGCAUAGCUUGCCCAGAUCAUUAACAUCUUCCCAUAAUUUGCUAAUCACUAUCGUUGGCACCGGUGAUGAAUACACAACCUACGCCUGCGACUACUACAGCAACUCACUGCAGUUGCACUACCCACAAAAUGGAGAGAGUUGCCUCGAAAUGUUGUUAGAUAUAUUACGCAGAUUGUUCCCUCCACUUAGAUUCUUGCAUAGCGUGUGUGGCCUAGGCACUGAGCACCACGGUUGGGGUCAGUGUUACUACGGCAGAGAUAUCUCAUCGGUCAACUGGCCGUGCAAAGAGCAUGUUGCUGACAAAGCAAACAGCAAACCAAAAAGUCGACCAAUGUGCCAACCAAACAGCGAACCAAAUUGCCAACCAAAAUCCCCUCUACAAAGCUACCUAAACGACUGCCUCCCCGGCCAUUUGCCACAUCACCUUAGUUCUAUAGGCUGCAAAGCCGAAUGUGCCACAUGCCCUUCCACGUCCAUGAAGGGUAUGCCCUGUCUAACCCCUCUUGGAUUUAGAGGGUUUUCGGGGAGUACAAGGACAGGUAAACAGCUAUGUGAUAUUCUGACCGAAUUCUUCGACACCUUCGAUCUUACAUCCAUGUUUUGCUUUUCUCCAAACCCACCGGCUACAUUACCAGAGCAUUUCUCAUUUACGUUAUCGCUUGUCAGCGGGUGGAAGGAUAGUGGCGGUAACGCAUUCCAAAUGGCAAUGGAGACAUCCAUGAAAUACGUCUCCAUCGAGUUGUACGAAAAUACUAUCGAACUGACUAGUGCACUUCGCGAUGCUUAUGGUAACAGCCAGCGCAACCAUGAGGCUGCAGCACAUCAACCUAAGAAUGUUUCUCGCAACACUGAUAAAACUGUAUACGCCGAUAUUUCUAGUCUAUCACUUGCGACGCCAUGCUCCGGCAAUUAUCAAUGUGCUCCGUACCUACUAUCAGUAUGCAACGACCCUUACAAUUACCUUACCAACAUACACUCCAAACUCUAUCUCUCAUGGGCCAUAUACUUGCCAUGGAAAUUCCACGAUUACCUCAAAUAUCUGCUGGACGAGUUCUGCACUAUCCUUUGCCAGGAUUGGGGUUGCCAUACGUGCCUUCACGGCAAUAACUGCAAAAAGGGAAAACAUGGCCUUGUUGAUGAGGCCAGUAAAUUGCCUAAUUGCAACUGUGAAUCCCUAGUACAGUGCAGAGGCGUGAUGCCGACUCUAUAUAAGUAUGGCUUCACAUUUGGGAAUGCAGUUGCAUUGAACGGCAAAAACUCUCAUAAGAAGUGCUCCAACUUCUACGAAAUGCUAAAAAAAGUUAUCGAAUCAGAGCACUUCGGAACACUAUUCAACAAGUGUGACGACUUCAUCUGGGCCAUCAGAACACCAUUCACAUACCUCUUAUUAGCCCUCUGGUCCCUCUCCUUGCUCUACCUGCUGCACAUCGCCGUCGUCCGCCUCGACGUACUGCGCAUCCGCUCCCACCUGAGAUCGCCCUCAAGCCACCGCAUCGCCGCGCAGUCGCUACUCGCCGCCGCACGCGUCAAGGCACUCGCCAACGUCAAGUACUUCUCACCAUAA